AAGUGGAUCUAUUCUAUUAAUUCUAUUAUUCCCUAUCCUAUCCUGGCCUAACCGUCAACACCUUAUUCUCCUCUCUUAAUUCAUCUCAACAGUUACAAUCUUUCUCUCUCUCUCUCUCAAACCUCAAAUCUUAUGACGACAAAAACAAUAAAAGUGAGUAAUGUCUCCUUAGGAGCAACAGACCAAGAUCUAAAGGAGUUCUUUUCCUUUUCUGGAGAAAUUCACCAUCUUGAAACUCUAAGCGAGAAUGAGCGGUCUCAAGUUGCAUACGUUACUUUCAAGGAUCCCAAAGGAGCUGAAACUGCAGUUCUUCUUUCGGGAGCAACAAUAGUGGAUCAGCCUGUCACCGUUGCUUUAGCUCCAGACUAUAAGCUGCCAUCUUCUAUUGCUUCCCCUAUUCCAACAGCUGGAACUGAGGAAACAAUCCAAGGUGGUGGUGGUGGUGGCGGUGGCGAAUCGGCUGUGAAAAGAGCAGAGGAUGUGGUGAUGAGCAUGCUGUCCAAAGGGUUCACUCUGGGGAAAGAUGCACUGGGAAAGGCAAAGUCAUUCGAUGAGAAACACCAGUUCACAUCCACGGCCACGGCCAAAGUUGCUUCUCUUGAUCAGAAAAUAGGUUUCACUGACAAAAUUAGUGCUGGAACAAGCAUAGUGAAUGAGAAAGUGAGGGAGAUGGACGACAAGUUUCGGGUCUCUGAGAAGACCAAGUCAGCUCUCACAGUUGCUGAGCAGAAGGUGAGCAGUGCUGGUUCUGCCAUCAUGAAGAACCGCUAUGUGUUAACAGGGACCACAUGGGUGACUGGUGCUUUCAGCAGGGUCACCAACAAGGCAGCUGCAACAGCCUCAGGUGAUGACAUGGGCCCCAACGUCCCAAAGGAGAGCGCUUCAACCGAGCAGGAACAUCAUCAAGUGGAUGAUCAACCUUCAAAGCCUCCAACAAGUCCCCACGACCACAAGUUGCAGGUGUAAACAUGGAGCAAGAAUCUGAGGGAUGAGUUUGGUUAUUUACUGUAAUAGACGGUAAAGCAAGUUUUCACUUUUCUUUGAUUUAUUUAUGUUUUUCUUGUUGGCUGUCAUAAAACGUGAAAUUAUAUAUGUUUUUUUUUUUUUUUUUGAAUAGGUUUUGUGAGGAAUGAGUAGUUUGUGAGUAACUGAUUAUAAAAAAAGAAACCAAGUUUAAUGAUUUACCAAUAUGGUUAUCGUACAAUUUCAAUACAUAAUUAAUCUCUCUUUAUUGUCA